AUGGCUCAACCUCGUCGCGCAGUUAUUGAAGAACUUGGUGACACUUUUGAUGACGACUUUGACCUACCGUUACCACCGCGCCCCAUCCCACGGCAGGGUUUAGCAUCAAGCGGUUCGGCAUUACCUAGCAUUGGCGGCACCCCAGCAACAUCUAGGGUGAAUCCUACAGACCCUGGCGUCAAGGAGGUGAAUGAUACCACCCCUUAUAAAACGUGGACUUGCGUUUACCCUAUCUAUAUUGACGCGAAGCAGCCGUACGGGACGGGGCGUAGAAGGGUGGCUAGAGAGAAGAGCUGUUGGUGGCCUCAUAGCCAGCUCAUUGCUGACGCCGCGAGGAGUUUGCGGUUACCUGUGUUUCAUGAGCCCACGAAGUGUCAUCCAAGGGACUGGGCGAACCCCGGGAGAGUGAAGGUUCUAUUCAAAGAUGAUGGACGUUUUUCCAAUGCGCAGAUAACGACAAAGAAACAAUUGUUAGAGGCGAUAAGUGUAAGGAUACAGCAGCAGCAAAGGUCACAAAUGCCUCUUUCGGAAUCAAUCAAGCCGUCAUCGCAAACACCUGUCCUGUCGAACAGUGUGUCUGGUUCCAAGCCAUCCAAAGGAUCCAAGAAUGCACCAGCACCACCGCCACGGAAGUCACGCCCUAAGGCUCCAAAGCCGCCAGAGCCACUGCCUCCGAUAGAGGACCGCUAUGGCGGCUAUUCUCCUCUUAUCGAGUCUGGCGUGCUAGUCAAUACAGUUAAGGUGGCUCUGAAGCAGCGGAAAGACGACGAGAAGAAAGCAGUUGAACCCUCGCCUGGCGGCGGCCCCUCUGGUAAAGGGAAGCGGAAGGUAAUUCGUGUCCGGGCCUGA